GGGCCAGAUGCUUGGUUUCCUGAGGGGAGCGGCAUCUAGGGUCUUAAAUGAAUGGGGCCCCCAGCCAUGGCCCUGUCCCUGCCUCUGGGCCCUAGACUUGGCUCAGAGCCCCUCAGCCACCCACCGGGAGCACCUAGGGAGCCGGACAUUGUUGGAUGCACCGUCUGCCCCGCGUCCGGAGAGGAGAGCACGAGCCCAGAGCAGGCCCAGACCCUGGGACAGGACUCCUUGGGCCCUCCUGAGCACUUCCAGGGUGGGCCAAGGGGCAAUGAGCCUGCCGCUCACCCCCCAAGAUGGUCAACACCCUCUUCCUACGAGGACCCAGCUGGGGGCAAACACUGUGAGCACCCCAUUUCUGGCCUGGAGGUACUAGAGGCUGAGCAGAACAGCCUGCACCUGUGCCUGCUGGGGCUGGGCCGCCGGCUGCAGGACCUGGAGCAAGGCCUGGGGCACUGGGCAUUGGCCCAGAGUGGGAUGGUGCAGCUGCAGGCCCUCCAGGCGGACCUACGAGGGGCAGCUGAGCGUGUGGAGGCGCUGCUAGCGUUUGGUGAGGGGCUGGCACAGCGGAGUGAGCCCAGGGCCUGGGCAGCCCUGGAGCAGAUCCUGCGGGCCCUGGGAGCUUACCGAGACUCCAUCUUCCGGCGGCUCUGGCAGCUGCAGGCCCAGCUGGUCAGCUACAGCCUGGUAGGGCCCAUCUUGAUACCCCCCACCCAACCCAGGCCCCAACCUCAUAGCCUCCAUGACCUCUGUCCUUUGACCCAGGUGUUCGAGGAGGCCAACACGCUGGACCAGGACUUGGAGGUCGAGGGAGACUCGGACUGGCCAGGACCUGGUGGGGUCUGGGGGCCCUGGGCACCCAGUAGCCUCCCCACUUCCACAGAGUUGGAGUGGGAUCCGGCGGGGGACAUUGGGGGCCUUGGGCCCUUGGGACAAAAGACAGCCCGGACACUAGGAGUGCCCUGUGAGCUGUGUGGCCACAGGGGGCCCCAGGGCAGGGGACAAGGCCUUGAGGAAGCAGACACCUCUCACUCCCGACAGGACAUGCUAGAGUCUGGCCUCAGCCACCAGAAACGCUUAGCAGGUCACCAAAGACGCUCCCUGCUCCGGAAGCCUCAGGACAAGAAGAGGCAAGCAUCUCCUCAUCUCCAGGAUGUGAGGCUGGAGGGGAAUCCAGGGGCCCCCGAUCCUGCAUCCAGGCAGCCUCUGACCUUCCUCCUAAUCCUCUUCCUCCUCUUCCUCCUCCUGGUGGGUGCCAUGUUUCUCCUGCCCAUGUCAGGAGGCCCCUGCUGCUCUAACGCCCGAAUACCCAGGACACCCUACCUGGUGCUCAGCUAUGUCAAUGGUCUUCCCCCAGUCUGAUGUGUGAAAUAAAUGGUCAUUGUCAAA